AUGGCAUAUUCGGCUGUUUCUGUCGCUCAGAUAGAACAAGUGAUAUCCCAACUUUAUGGCGGCGCCGACCCACAAUUCCAAAAGUCAGCGCAAGAAUACAUACAGAACUUUCAAAAACAAGAAUAUGCAUGGGAAUUAGCCUCUCAGCUAUUAGCCUCACAGUCCGUAAAUUCACAAUUCAUCGGCGCACACACUUUUCAAGUCAAAAUCUCUAGAGACUGGAAUACUUUAUCCUUGGAGAAGAAGAAAUGGAUUCGCACUGAACUCCUUGGAUGGAUCGUACAACUAUCCAAUGGCCCUAACGUAGUUAUAACAAAGUUGUGCCUUUCCCUCACUGCUUACGCUUUGCAAGCUGUACCAGACAUAUGGUCAAACUUCAUAUCCGAUUUCUUUGAAACAUUGCACUCCGGAGCUUUAGCAGCUUCAGCACAAAAUCCUGAUCGACCUUUACAUGUUGAAUUACCCCUUCUUGAGUUUAUAACCGUCGUUCCUGAAGAAGUGUUGAGAGCAGAUCUCAUAGGAGAACGAAAAGCUAAAGUCAAUCAGGAGCUUAUUGAUGAAAUUCCAAGAGUACUUUCAACUUUGAAAUCCUUGCUAUCGAGCUACCAAGCCCAUCAAGAGCGAGAUAUUCAAAUAAAGCAAAAAUGUUUAAGGUGCCUGCAAAGCUGGAUACUAUAUGGUGUUCCAUUUGAAUCUUUGUAUCCUCUGAUCGAUGACGUUAUAAAUCUUUUUCCAAUCGAUUUUACCAAUGACUCGGCAACUGAAGUACUUGUGGAAUUCCUGUCACAACCUCGAAUCACAUCAUAUCAAAACACCGUCUGUGGAAAGAUUCUUGAUUGUUUGACUAACGAAUGGGCAAGAACUCAAAUUAUGACAGCUGUCAAUGAUGCGAAUGAGGCGCCAGCAAGAAAUCUCUGUCGCUUAAUGACGACAUUUGGAGAUAAUUUCUCUAAUUACCUUGCUAUCCAUUUCCUAAGACAAGACGUCAUGAUUUAUCUUGAAAUGAUGCUGAUGUUUACAGGAUUCCCAGAGUCCAUAGCCGACUCAGAUGUAAUUCCGAUGAAUGAUGAUAACGGUGAGAACGCUUCGAUCACCUUGCAAGAAGCUCAAAAAAUACGUGAAGCAUCGAUUGUAGUUUUCCGAAGACUGUCCGAGAUUUUAAGAAGUAAAGUGCAAUAUCCCCCUGACAACGAAUGGUCAGAAUGGUUGAAAGAUAUCAAGGAGCGAUUCAAGAUUUAUAGAAGAGAUGUCGGAGACACAAUAAUGAACUCAUAUUAUAUAUUGCGAAAUCAAAUGUUGGCUUUUCUCGUGGAUUUGGCAGUCAUGCAAAUAAACACCCCAGGAAGAGACCCAAGCCAAUGGCAGGACUUGGAAUCUACACUGUUUUGUCUGAAUUCAAUAGCCGAGGCUGUUGACCACAAAGAGGAUAUUUUCCUGCCUAGUUUAUUUGGAACGGAUGUAUAUGAAAAAUUACCUACUCAAGGAAAUUAUCGUUUGAGGAAUACGGCCUUGUCUCUAAUCGGUUCCUACGCAGAAUGGCUCAAGAAUCAUCCUGGACACAUAUCAUUUGUUAUGAAUUAUAUUGUACCUGCCCUAAGCGAUCCAGAGACAGCCCUGGUGGCCUCCUUGUCGUUCAAAGAAGUAUGCGAUGUUUGUCGAGAUUCUCUGGCAAAUAAUAUAGAUGAACUUAUGCACAUGUACAUAGUGGUUGGGCCUCAUAUUCAACCCAGAGAAAAACAAAAGGUCAUCGAAUCGCUGGCAGAUGUUAUACAAACGUUGCCGCCUGAAAAAAUGCCGGUGCCUUUGUCGAUCGUCACAGAUAAUAUUAUUCAGACGCUGCGCGAUGCUAUAGUAUUUGGAAAACAGAACCCUCCUCAGUAUAAAGAGAUAGCAAUAACUCAUUUAGAAUAUCUGACCUGUUGUUGUCGUGGCAUUCAACCACCCGAUGAUGAGGUCAUUGUUUUGGAUGAAAAUGAACAGGAUUCUCUAAAGAACGUGGAUAUUUCCUUACCACAAACGAGACUUUCAAACGCUUUGUCGGAGAUUUCCAGUAAUAUUACCGAAAUAUGGUACCUGGAUAACGAAGUUAUAGAGUGCUUGUGCAAGUUUCUCAAUACUGGAAUUCGAACCACUGCAAAUCUUCUUUCCGUUCCCUUUGACAUGAUCAUUUCCAUAAUAAGAAUCUCUUAUCAGAGAAGUCCACAUUCUUGUUUGUUAGAUACUGCUGCUCAAGUUGUAACGGUAUUUGGAUCUAAUAGUAGAUAUGGUAAUGAGAUAAGAAAUAUGUUGGGUGAGAUUACCACAAUCACCAUACAGCAAUAUGUGAGGAAUCAGGCGGACAUGGAAAGAUAUCCUGAUUUAGUGAACUCAUACCUCACAAUCCUGACCAAAUCUCUCCAAAAAUGUCCGAUGUUAUUAUAUACAUUACCUUCGGAAUUGUUCAAUAACAUAAUGAAAUUUUCCAUUGCAGGAUUGGGCCUGCAGGAAAGACUGGCACUAAAAUCCGCGGUGACUUUCAUGAGUGAAUUCGUCGGUCAACAUUAUGAAGACGAGCAAUUAUCGAAAGGGAUUGAGAAUGUAAUAAUGACGUAUGGUAUGGAGAUCAUGAGAGAAUUGAUUUCGGGCAUUGGUGGGAAAUUACCUAGGUCAUUUGUUAUUUCACUGUCUCACGUGUUAUAUAAAAUGACCGGUCGUUACAUAGAAGCUAGUAGAGAAUGGCUUAAUACAUUACUAUCUCAGAAAGACUUCCCAUCAUCACACGUAGAUUUAAUUACAAAACAAAAUUUCGCCAAAGCAAUACUAGGCACAAGAUCUCUUCAGAGGUACAAAGAAGUGGUCACUGAAUUUUCGAUUAAAUGCCGGGAUUUGGAAGAUUCCGCAUACGGACGUUCAUGA